CAAACAUUUCAUUCAAAAUCAUAUGUUUUUGAAAAACUCUUCAGAAGGCUCUUCUUGUGGCCAAAUGUCGCCCAAAAAGCCAAAGCCGACCACAACUGACCACAAGUUCGCCGCCGAAGAAGAGGCGAAGGACUCGUUCUCGCGAUUCGGAGACGACUUAUGCGAAGAGUUGUUGUCUUUGCUGUCGAUUGAGGACUCGUUUCGCUGUCAAUGCGUUUGUCUUCAGUGGAGAAGAAGUGUUUUUCGCCGCAAAUCCCAACUCGAACUCAACGACCAGUUGUUCAGCAAAUGGCAAAAAGUGGAUCUCUUUGGC